CGGGGACCCGCGGCCCCCCCGCCCUAUAAAUGCCUCUCCAAAAUGCAGCGGGGCUCCUUCCUCCCGUCCCGCCCGGCCGCGCUGCUCUGCGCCCCGCUGCCCGCGGGUCUCCGUGCCGGCUCCGCGCCCCGCUCCUUCCCCCUCCCCUUUUUCCUUUUUUUUUUUUAAUUUUUUUUUUUUUUUGUUAAUUUUCUGACACCUCCCCUCCUGUUUUUCUCCUCGCCCCCUCCCCGCGGCCGGUUUGCAUGCAUUGUCUGUCUCCCAAGAUGGUUUGUGAGACCAAGAUUGUGGCGGAAGAUCAUGAAUCAAUCCCGGGAUCCAAAAAAGACACGAUCAUUGUUUCCUCCUCCCAGAUGUGGCCCUCUUUGGCGGGCUCCCCUCCCUCACCCCCACCUCCCCUCACCCCACCAAAAGAAGACCCCAGGCGCGACAAUGUCUAUAUCCGCGAAUUCCACCCCUCUGAACAAGAGGUGGUGCGCCGCAUCUUUUACGAGGGGAUCAUGGAGCGAAUCCCCAACACAGCGUUCAGGGGGCUAAAGCAGCAGCCCCUCACUCAGCUGCUCUACGGGCUGCUGGCGGUAAUGUGCUUUGUUGUGACCAAGUCCUUCCUGCUGACCUGCUGUUUGCCCAUCUUUCUGAUGGGCAUGAGGUACUACUUCAGUAGAAAAGUUAUCCUGCACUAUCUCGAUUGUGCGCUGCACACGGACAUGUCCGAUAUUGAGCAAUAUUACAUGAAACCGCCAGGCUCCUGCUUCUGGGUUGCCGUCCUGGACGGCAACGUGGUGGGGAUCGUGGCAGCGCGGGGCAACGAGGAAGACAACACCGUGGAGCUUCGCCGCAUGUCCGUCGACUCCAACUACCGCGGCAAAGGCAUCGCCAAGGCCCUGGGCCGCAAAGUGCUGGAGUUCGCCAUGCUCAACAACUACUCCUCCGUCGUGCUGGGAACCACGGCCGUGAAGAUGGCAGCCCACAGGCUCUAUGAGUCCUUGGGGUUCAAGCACGUGGGUGUCGUCGAACAUUAUGCCCUGCCAGGGAUGACACGCUCCUUACUGGAGAGAAUGUUUUUCCAGGUCCGCUACCACCGCUACCGCCUGCAGCUGCGGGAAGAAUAAAAAAAAACCCCACCAACCAAAACAAAAAAAAACAAAAACAACAAAAAAAAAUUUCCCCCUUCCUCCCCCUUCAAAAAUAAUAAAUUACCCUUCUAUUUCUCAUCACCAUUGAUUUACCAAUUUUGGGUUAGAGUUUUUGUACCCUCACGUCAUGUUUUGGUUUGCUCCGUUCAGCUCGAUGGGCCGGCCGAGCAGCGCCCCUUCCUCGCAUGCUGUAGGUGGUGGUGCUGGGAGUCCUGCAACCCAGCGGGGUGGAGUGGAGCAGCGGCCUCUCCUUCCCAGGUACCUCCGUAAAGCACAGAAACUUACUGCAAAAUAGUACAACUGCUCUGGUGUACAUAGUCCUCUCCUUUUCCAGGUGUAAGAUAACAUAGUGAGAUGCAUUCAUAAUAGUGCAGAAAUAUUACUUGAAUGCAAUUUUCAGUAUUUCACGCAUCAGUAAGUAGAAUAUGCAUUCCUCUUACAGUAAUCUACUGGUUAAUAGUUUUCAGAGAAAAGGUGGGGGGUACACCCUGCCUCCCCGCCCCAACCCGCUUGCUACAAUGCAUGAAGAGGAAAGCGCGUGCACGCACUCAAACACAUCGCACUGCCACCACGGCACUGGUGUUGCACUUUUUUUGGAUGUGCCUCAUUCUGCCAAAUGUCUGAGAGACCCCGGGUGCAUCCGGUAACCACGACUCCGCUCCACCUCCCCCUCCUUCCUAAGCCAGCACAGACUCGGACCGGCUGAACUGAGCCCCAUUGUACCAUAGUGUGAAGUUAAGAUCAGAUCUAAGUAUCUCCUGCGCUGUUCCGUAGCCACACGUAACCUGCAGUCCUGGGCCAGACUCCGCAUGUGCGUUGGACUUUCUCUUUGCUGCCUUUUGGGGGUUUUUUGUUUGUUUUCAUCUUAUUUUUAAGGGUUAUUUUUUUUGUUGUUGUUGUUGUUAUUUUUAGUUUUGGCUUCUGCUGAAUGGUGUCGUUGAGGCGUAAUGGAGGCUGCAGUUCCUAUGGCAACACAUUUGCACAUUAAUGUGCGCACCAAAUCUCACCACUUCAGAGAAGCAACGUGUGACAGAUAAUAGCAUUUUGGGGAGCGCCGGGGUGGGGGGGAGCGUACUUAUUAUCUUAACCAGCUGCUUGUUUGAUAAAUGUAGAUGGCCUCACUGCAGCCUUCCAUCAAAGGUAAUUAACUGCUUUAAUGAUGUCAGAUUUGUGAAUUGUACAAUGCAAAAAGCAAUGCAAAGCAGAUUCGGCAUGUGUCUGUACCCGGUAUGUAUGUACAGUGCCUGCCAACUAAAGAAUAACCAAGACUACAGCUUCUUCUAGCCUGAGAUAUCAACUUUUAUAACUUAUUUAAACAAAUAGCAACUUUGCAUGAAUUACAUCUUGGGAAAAAAGAAGACUGGUAGGUUUUAAUUUUUAAAGCGUGGUAUCAGAGGUAUUACAGAAAACCAUUUCUGGCUGCACUUAAUUUCGAGUGGGUAGAGGGGUUUGGCUCUGCUAAUAUGUUUAAAGGGAAAACCCCUUCAGUUACUGGGAAAAACGAUUAUUUUAUGAAGUAUUAUGCAUGUGGUGAGGGGGAACCCCCACCUCAUCACGAUGAAGCUGGUGAAGGGGUAGAGCAUGUGUUAACCACGCUUGCAAAUACAAUGCAAGAGUCAGCAGGAGAGCCGCAGAAGGAAGGAGCCUUGGGCUGUGGGGAGAGGACAGGAGCCCUGGGGCAGAUCAGGGGACAGCCAGCACAGACCUUGGACAUGGGGUGCUGUCUGUCCUGCUCCUACCAGGAGCUGCCCUUUCCUCUCCAGCUGGAAGCUUUCCCAGCACUGAGACGUGGCCGGCGAUGCUGAUGGAGAGCAGGGGACGGGGCUCAGCCCAUCCCUGCAGGGCCAUGGGCCAGGCACUGAUGCUGGGGAUGGAGGAGCCAUUUGGCACAACCCCAAUUGCCCUUUCAGUGCUUGGCUUGGGCUCGGUCCAGCCUGUGAGGAGUCGGAGGGGCAGAGUCCCAGCAAUAAGGGGGUAAUGAGGAUGGUGAAGGACACUGUAGCAAGAGACCAUGAAUUUAAUUAACAAAAUUUCUGUAUGGGGCACUAUAUUUUUAAAAGUCUUUCUAUGCUGUACAUUUCUCCUGAAGCUGAAAUAAUGUACUGUUGGUAGGGGUUCUUGUAUAGUGUACAGAAAUCGGCAGAAUAUUUUCUUGCUGCAUUCAGUGAUUUAUUAACCGAAGUAAAACAGACAAAUAUAAAGUGUUAGCAAAAGUUGAAAGAAAAAACACAAAAGUUUGUGCCUUUUUUAGUUUAUUUUUCUGUUGCUAUAUAAUCACUGCACUAAAACCUUUCCAGAGGGGUAAAAAAAAACAAAAAGCAAAAACUAGUCUCUUAGAAAGGGAGGAAUAUGUAAAGGCUAAAUUGAGCAUUAAUUUUUUUAUUAGGCUAUUUAAUUAAACUAAUGUUGCUGGUUUUAUUUGAUACCUGUGCCUUUGAAGUAAAACUCCACAUCCUGUCAGAAAAUCCAAACCUGGAAUAAAUCCCACCAGAUCCCACAGACAGAGAAGUGUACCAUCAGGUUUACCAGUAUUUUCUUCUAAAACAUGUAAACUUUAACUGAUAAUAUUCCAGUAUCUGUACAUAAUAGUUUCCUGGGGAAGAGGUGCUUUGGAAAGGUGUGGCUUUGGGGGUGCUGCCUGCACUCCUCCCCAGCACACGGAAAUGCACUGAUAAGGAUUGAGAUGUUGCCACUUGGCUGGUAGCUGCCAAGAAAAUUUAUUCCCUUAAUGCUUCUGCCAGUUGCUUUGUGACCGGGCUUUUUGGAAAAAAUCCAGCUGGUUGCUCCCAGCUCUCUAGCUAGGACAGCUUGUUUCUGAAGGAAAGGGCUGGAUGCCAAAUAGGCUGGGAUUUGCUCUCCUUGGAAGAUGGCACAGGCUGCUAUCCCUGGUAGCAGCAGUGGGACAGGGGUGCACAACCUCCUGUGUUGUUGCUGCUCUCCCACCCAGAGCUGCCAAGGUUGGGCUUAAAAGCACCAUGUGAUACUGUUGUAUUGUCUGCAUUCAUGGGAAGUUUCCCUAAAUGCCACAGGUCAGGCACGGUUCUGGGGUCAGGGUUGAUGGGUUCUGGACCGUGCCAGGCUCACCUGCUGCCAGGGAAGUGUGUGGCCAGACCACAAUGCAGCUCACAGGGUGUUGAGGUGGAGCUGUCUUUGGCAGAUCCAGCCUUCUGCUCUGCAUCUUUCAGGGUGCCCUGGUUUAAACAAAGUGUUUGGAAAAGAUCAGCACAGUCCUUUCUCUGGGCCUGAGUCUCCUGACUCUCCUCAUCCCAGUUCAGUGGCUGGGUGCAUGAGGAGCAGCAUAAGGUGGUUGUGGGGUUGGUCCCAAGCAGAAGAGGUGGUGACCUGGACCUGGACCUGACCAGUCCUUGAGUCUUGAUUCCAACAGAGACUCACAUCAGUGUAAGAUGGGAUUUUCCUGAUUUCUUUUGGGGGUUUCUCUUCCCAAAGACAACACUGGCAGGAGUGUGAGGAAGAGUGGAGUGUCUCUUGGGUUUGAGCCCGAGGUUGGUAAAUGUGGUUAAGUAAGACCAGAUUUAGGUGGAGGAUGAAUUAGAGGUGUGAAGGCACUUCCCACAGGUGCUCUUGCUUUCAGUGCAGGUGGGCUGUCACAGCCCCCUGCCCUCGUGCUGCCUGCAGAGAUGCAGUUUCCUCACCUGGCUGCUCUCUCCUUAGAGUGGGAGCUGUUUUGCUAAUCCCUGUGCACUAGACACUGCUCAAGUGUCCUUUGUUUGGAGGGGCUUGGGACAGAGCCUUUACUCCUGAGGAAAGCACUAGGUGUUGUGUCCCAAAGUUAAAAAAAAGCCAGGAAAAUAGGGAAAAUUUGCAUUUCUGUGGCUGAGGUCCACAGCCUUGGGGUUGUCCCAGCCCUACGGUAUAGCCUGGGCCAUUCCCUGUGGAGUGAGUGGGAACUCCCUCCACAUCUUGAGCAAACUGGCAUCUCAAGCACAUGUCAUAUUUGGCAAUAAGCUCUCUGGGUAGCUUGGCCCCUGAACAGAUCCAGGCUGAUAAUGCUAAGCAAUCAAACCAACAAAAAAGUGGUUUCUAAUCUAACUUGAAAUCCUUAAAUUUGUAUUUGUUGUAAAUUCAUGCUGUUUUCCCUCUGUGAAGCAAGCAGCACCUGCAAGAUGCUUAGGAAAGGCAGCUGUGUCUGCUGGGAGAUGCAGAAAAGUUCAGGGCAUUGCCAUCAGUGGAGAGCUGUUCUUUUCCCUCCCCUCUGUCCCCAUAUGUGAUGUGGGAUGCUGUCUCUCAGAAAGCCUUUACCUUUCUCCAGAAGUGAUCCUGCUUCUUGGUCCUGUGCAUGGGUACAGUCUCCAGGACUCAUUUCAGAAUUGCUUUUCAGCAAAUGCAGGGAGCAAAUGACCUGGGGACAUCUGUCCCUGGGGCUGGGACCUGGUGUCAUUUCACCCCUGCGUUCUGCCCCAUGGGAAAUGAGGAUGAUUCUUUAGGUCAUGAUGUCAGAAUUUACUAGUCCCUGGGUAGGAGAGGCAGGACUAAGGGUCAGCAGUGGCUGUUGAGGUUGGGAUGUGCCUGGUGAGGUCCUGGUGCUGCACACCUGCAGCAGGAGCAGAAAGUGUUUGGUGCCAGGGGUGUCUUGGGCCCUGUCCUUGCUGUGGCCAACUGGAAGAACAGAAAGUCCUGUGGUCAGAAUUCCUAAGGGAACUGUGGUUUUGCAGAACCUUGUGCCAAUCCUUGCUGCUGCUGUUGCUCACUGAUCCACACCCAUAUGCGAUGCAAGUCUGCUGUCUUUUAAUUUGCUGGAUUUGCUGGCUGAGGUGCAAAUGGAUAAAACUGACUGCAGGGACUUCCAAAUUGCCAAACACACAAAAGUAGGAACCAGCUCUGGUUACGUCUAAAUUAACAAUCUCACUUUGGGUGUGCUGGGGCCUGUGUUUCAUUAGUGCUGGUGUGAUGCUCUUGGUAUGCACUCUACUUAAAGCUUAAUAAAGGCAUUUUAAUUUGACACUAACGGGAGUCUUGCAGUGGAAUAUACUGUACCACAUAAAGAAAAUGAAGUAAUGCUAACUGUUAAAUAAGCUUUAAAAUGCAAAAGGAAAAUUUUAUUUUUUUUUCUCCCUCAAAAUAGAUCCACAUAGAAUCUUGAGGAAAAAUUGGUGUGCUCUUGUAUCCCUCAGUCAUAGAGGCUGUACAACAGAGCUUAUGCUUAUCUCCCACCAAAACCUGCUACCUGCACGGUGCUUGGGAGUACCUUUCAUAGAAAAUAAUCAGGAGAUUAAUGUGAACAACUGAGAGUUUAGUCAAAAUACAGUAUUGUUUAAAAUAACAAGCUCCAAGUCAGCAUUUGGAGUUUGAUCAGAGUUAAAAUUGCUGUUCAGUGCUGUCUUUGUAUUGCACAAUGGCCACCUGUGGGAGAGAACAUGCUUUUAACAUCUAAAUAGCAGAAGACAGACCUAGUGAGACCAAGAGCAUAACAAAUAAAUAAUGUAACUGUAAAUUUAUUUACAAGUAACACAUUUGAAUGCAGAAGCUACUGCGAUGAAAACAUAAUGAACUUACAGCUAAUAUUGUUUCCAAUUUCUUUUCCUCCAAAGCUUAAUCCUUUUGCCUUGUAAUAUGUAUAUUUGAUUUUUUUUUAAUGUAAUUAGGUUUAACAAAGCAUCAGUUGCUUUGUGAGUUGUACUUAUGAUUGUGCUGGGCCGUUAGCUUUAAGCAGUUUGUGUGCUUGUGUUAUUUUAUUAAAGCAAAAGUCUUCUUGAGACAAAUGCAGUAAAGGAAAAAAAAAUAAUAUUUUUGGUAGUGUUAAGCAGAUGUGUGGUAUGCAUUUGGAAAAUGUCCAAUGUCAGUUUAGAAAAAAAAAAUAACAACCAAACAGGCUAAAUUGCUUCCCAGAACUGCUCAUGUUUAAGGCAGUGGCUUACUCACUCACACCUAAAUAGAAACUUGGAUUCCCCAAACAGCCUUUUACUCUGCAUCUCCUCACCAUUGUACAAGACCAAUGUGAAAUGAGUCUUGUGUUUUCUAUGUUCAGCAUAGUAUGUACUGUACUUUGUAACGGGAAGUGGCUACAAGUCCUCAAAGAAAAACGAACAUAUUCUAAAACAGCAAUAAUUAUCACUGUAAAGCAAAAGAGCAUGUGGGGGAGAGCCCAGGAAGAUAGUUAAUGCAGGUGAUGCUGUUAGGAGCACGCUGCCAGCAGUGUGUUCCUAAGGGGUGCUGUUGCACCUGGGGAGCAGGAUUAAGUACUAGGGAAGGCCAUCAGUCUCUGGAACUGGAUGUCACCUUGGCAGAGAACCUGCCUGUGUGGGGUCCCUAGAGCUGAGUCAUUGUGAGCCCUUAGGCAGUGCAGGUUUUUCACCACAGUUAAAGGUGGUGAGUUAUUGCAAAUACCAUUCCUGGUGGGAGAGACAGACAUAAGGUAGAGCUGUCAGAGUCACACAGAGGAAGGUAAACACUUAUUGCUGCAGUCUUGUAACCCAGCAUAUUCUGCUAGUGCACUUCUGGGGCUCAGCAAUGGCAGAAAGCAGAAUCAAUUACACUAAUUUUCUGUGGAGGGAAGCAGGAGUCAGCUCUGUUGGAAAGCUGUUUGCAUACCAACAAGGUAGCAAUGCAAACCGUUCCCCUGGCGUGGCAGGGUGUUAAGAUGUGUGUGAGUUAUCCCUUGGUGUGCUUCAGGCUUUUUGAGCCCCAGCCUCCAAAGCGUGACCCCGCUGCAGCGAGGUCUCUCCAUGCGCAGAGCCCCGGGAGCCAGCCAGCUCCCGAGGGACAGCAGGGUGUCCUCAGGCAGGGGCAGGCGAGGUGCUCUGGACAAAUGACUUGUAGGUACUUAAGUUCUGUUCCUGAUGGCCGCUGUAACUGUGAAAAUUAACCAGACCUGCUGUGAUAAAUUUGGUUAUAUAAGGUUUAUUUGGUUAAUUUUUUAUAAGUGAAAACUGAAAAGAUGAAAGAGAAUUGUAAUAUGAAAGCAACUGCUGUAAAUAAUGUACGAAUGAAUAAAAUCCAAAACUUAUGUCAGUUUUUUCCUAAA